AUGGUUGUCGAAGAAGAAUCUUUUGGUAUUGCUGGAUUUUCGGAAUCUGCAGGCGGUCAAGCCGAGGGCGUCGAAGAUUUCGAAUUCGGAGGAGUUGGUACGGAUGGCCUCGACGGCUACAACGACGAAUACGGGGAAAGUGACCUCGGAGCAGGAGGGGGCUAUGAUGACUUCGACGACAAUUUCGACAUUGAAAACAACACAGACUCCAAACUUGAAGGCACCGCUGCCGAUGCGAAUGCUGCAAGCAACGAUUUCUCCAAAUUAUUUGAUGCAGCAGACGGCACGACUCCGGGGACAGAUUCAGCAGCGGAGCAUGGGCUUGAUGAUUUUGACCGUCAAUUUGGUGAAGAAGGUGGUGUGCCAGAGCUUGGUGGUGAUGGGACAGACUUUGGUGACGGUGGGACAGGUCUCGAUGGAGGAAGCGCCAUGGAAGCAAUGUUUUCCCAACCAGUCGUCGCCGACACGGCACCAGCGGAACAAUCGGUGGAACAAGAAGGAACGGCAACCUUGACGCAGCAUGGAGGAAAAGAAAACCAUGCUGCCACUGGAGACUCUUUUGGAGUGGAAGAGUCUCAGAAACAAUACGAAUCGCCUCCAUCCACAGUCAACCCUCCCGAAUUGCAACCAAACCGCGACCAACACGGCGGAGAGUCGUCGAGCAGGCAGCAACUCGCAUUUGAGGGCAAGGAGACUGCGCGACCAACCGAGAGAGUGGAGGAGGCUCACGAGUACAACGACGACUCUUUACAACCCAAGACGAGAGAGCAGUUCCCUCCUCAAACUCUUGGAGGCCAGCCGAAAUCGGGACCACCAGGAGCUGUCGGCGGAGACAGUCUGCAGAUGCCCUCGAAACAGACUGCGACGGCAGUGGCGGAUUUGUCUGUCGUUCAGAAGAGGACCAGGGUUACAUUUGAGUCUCCCACUAAAGAACAAACUUUUGGCUAUAACUCUCCCGACAAGGGGCCAAGUCAUCGAAGCAACGAGACGUUGAACGAUCCCGAUCCACUUUCUGUCGCCAACCCAGCUGCGAAGGAUUGCCUACCGGUACAGGAUCAUGUGGAGGGGCUUUCGAUGCCCAAGCCGGCUCCCAAGAUGCCUACUCAAAUGCCUGGUGGAGAGAACGAGAUGUCGCGGCCUGACAAAGCGGGAUUCAAGAGUGCCACAGCAAACGCUGCCGCAACAUUGUCUCAUGGUGCCGCUGACAAAGGGUCCUUUCUGUCAGGGCAGGAAGGAGCUGAGCGUGCGAAACAAACCACCGCCGAAACGAUGCCGGCAGCUCGCGCCAAUGAAGAAGAGGAAGAACUCCGUCAACAGGGGCUUGAAGCCUUGCAGACCAAGCUCAAUGCUCCUCAUCGCGAGGUUCAAGGUGCUGCUAUGAACGAUGCGCCCAAGAACGGGGCAUCGAUGGUGACAUCCCAGGUUCAAAAGCAAAACGUGAGUGCCAUUGAUGGUACUACCAAGACGAUGGAUUCCUUUUACGCCAGAAAGAGCACUCCAACUCCAACUGCGCCCGAAAAGGACCCUGGUUCGCAUGGAAUGAAUGGGCAAAGCAAUCCCGCAGCAGUGUCAAUCCACCGAGACAACCGAGACAACUUCAAUAGUCGAUCUGUUCGCGACUCCCAGACGACUAUCACGAAUCCGGAUCAACAGGAGCAUAUCCUCAAACAGACUCGGAAUGUGCCCGGAACGUUCCUUCAAAGCACCGCUAAGCAGAGCCUUCCAAUUGCUCCCACUCGCACUACGCAGCGACCUGAGCCUAUGGACACAACGGUUGAUCCACAAGGAGCGAAGCUGCAAACGCCGUUCGUACCGGUCCCCACUUUGCAGCGACCUGGGCCUUCGCAGGAAACGUUCAAUCAUCAAGGAUCGAAGCAGAAUAUGCACUCGUCUCGCACGUUGCGGCAGCCUCGUCCCGGGCCGAUGGACACAACGUUUGACCGCGACGUCGCCACGCAGAAGAUGUCGGCUGACCUAGCUUCUCGUCGCCCCUUGCCAAUGAAUGAAUCACCUUCGGGGCGCAACGUGAGCGGAUCAAUCGGUCGAGCAGUCGACACCCAGAAGAUGCCUGCCGUUCCAGCCUCUCAGCGCCCCGGGACAAGGGCCCCAAUGGAUGAGCCCCGGUUUGAAAACUCUGCGAAUGGUACGGCGACUGCUCCUGGUGUGCCGCAGAAGCACAAUACCAUGCCGCGAACCUCGCACAUCCCGCCCAAGCAGUCUGGUUCGAAGAGAGUAUCGCUGUCACCUCGAAAGCCACGUUCAUUCUCCCCUCGGUCUGCUUCCAACGUGUCACCACCAACUCAAGGCAACAAGGUGGUGCAAGCCUCGUGGGGUGCUCCUCCUCAUCGUCGACCCUUUGCUCCCGCCGCGGGAAGAACAAAUGUGGCUCAGACAGGCAAGGCAGAUAUGAAAACGACAGCAGCCCAAGCAGAACAGCCGCGAGCAUCUCCCCGAGCCGCCGCUUUUUCGCCCAGGGGACCGCCAGCGUUUCAAAACGAGGCUGAGAGGGUGGUCCCCGGCGUCCCUGAACGUACUCAUCCAGGUGGACAGACGGGACAGACAGCCAAGCUAGGAUUAGUUGCACCUUCGCCAACGCCUCCCGCUCAUCAGGGUCUUCGUCAGCCCACCGCCCGUGGUAGGCACGAACAUCAUGUGGGUAUCAACGACGGUGGCUCGAAGACCCCCGCUGCAAAACGAGGGUCGAGCGUGACUCCUGGACCUCGUACUACACGCAAAAUGAUGCCGCCAGAACACUUGAUGAUGGAGCACUCAAACCCUUUGCCUCGCGAAGAGGAUCGUCACGAGCCAGCAUCUGCUGUAGGUUUGACCAUGAAUCAGCCCGGUAAGGAACCGAUAUUCCCAGGGGAAUCGAUGGCGGAUCGCGUCGUGCCCACAAAGACGCCUCGCAAACAUCGAGCACCGCAACAUCCCUCCAUGGGACACGAUGAUAGCCGAAUCCUCCCUGGCCAGAAUCCCAUUACACCCAUCACGCCCACGACGGAUCAGGAUUUGCACACAGAGCCUCACGUGCACGGAGACUCCAUGGCUAUGGAGACCGACGAGCGGAUCCUUCCACCGCCUGCAAAGGUUGGGGGCAUCAACGACGAAGUCGUACCCACUGGGCCAACCGCAAUGCAAACUGAAACCGUUGGAGACAGCGAAAUUGAAGAAGAAACGUUUGCAAGCCGCCACACCAGCUUCGAAAUGGCAGUUCGAGGGCUUCAAGUCAAGCAGGAACGAGGCGCCGAAAAAGUGCUGAACCUCCAGACCAUUCUGGCUGAAGUUUAUCCGGAGCACCUUCAAGACCAGGGCGAGCUGCAACGUUUGAUGGGGCACUGCUAUGAGCUAGCGGAUCUAUUUCAGGAGCAAAUCGAACUGUAUGAGACCUAUAUUCUCUCCGACGACGAGGAAACUGAGAUGGAGGAUGACGCCAAAUCAGCCAUGUUUGUAGAAGAGGGAUAA